AGUUGGACAGGAGACACCUACUGUAUAUAUUUGAGUCAACCUUGAUCUGAAUCCACUGCAUCACAGACAUUUGAAGUGAGAGCUUCAAGUUGUUUUGCUGAAGAACAAACCAACAUUUUCUCUGUUGAAAGAUGAGCAAAAUGGCUGUUAAUGCAAAGGUGACAGCAGAAAAGAAAGACAGGUCCAUCCCUUCCCAUGACAGAGAGUGGUACCUACAAUAUUGGGUAGAUCUGACUCUGGACCCUGACACAGCUUACUCCAAACUCAAGCUGUCUGAGAAGAACAAAAAAGUGGAGUUGACCGAUGUUACCCAAACCCAUGAUAAGAGCCCCAAAAGAUUCCGCUAUGUACCCCAGGUGCUGUGUAAAGAGGGUCUGACUAGGAAGAGCUACUGGGAAAUAGAAUGGGUUGGGGCUAAGGGGGCUGGAAUUGCAGUCUCCUAUGACACAGUCCGCAGGGACACUGCUGGUGAUGAGUGUAGAUUUGGAUGCAACCCUCAAUCCUGGAGGUUUCAGGAUGGUGUGCAGCGUGAUUUCUUGUACAAUGAUUGGAAGACCCCCAUCUCCUCCUACUACAACAUAAUAGGAGUGUACCUAGAUGUUGAGGCAGGUACCCUGCAGUACUACGGUGUCACCCCUGAUAGGGAGGAGAUGGUCCUCCUGUAUGAGGCACCAAAAUUUAAGCCCAGUGCUCCUCUUUAUCCAGGGUUUUGGUUGUGUGAAGGGACCAAGCUGACGAUCUGCCCUAAACAGCAGUGCAAGAAGUCCCAGAGGACCUGAGACUUCUUGGAGGAAAGUUUAGGGAAUUGUGGCAUUAAAGUGGAAUUACAGAAAGUA